AUGUCUGCUCACUCCACCGUCCACGUCUCGGGUAUCUCGUCCUCCACCUCCGACGAAGAAGUGAAGAAUUUCUUCAGCUUCUGCGGAAAGAUCACCUCCAUCUCCGUCACCCCCGUCUCUAACGAGCCCGGUGCUUCUAAGUCUGCGACUGUGACCUUCGAGAAGGAAGCUGCUGCAAAGACCGCCCUCCUCCUGGACAACACCCAGCUGGGACCCUCGGAAGUGCACGUCGAGGCGGCACCCUCUCUUGAGGACAUCGCCGGCGCACAGGCCACCGAAGAGACCAGCAAGGACGAGAACGGCCAUGACGUCGCGCAGGAAGACAAGCCCCGGUCUCGCAUCAUCGCCGAGUACCUCGCGCACGGGUACGUCAUCAGCGACGGCGCCAUCCAGAAGGCCAUCGCACUCGACCAGAAGCACGGCUUCUCCGCGCGUUUCACCUCCGCUCUGUCCAACUUCGACAGCAAGUACCACGCCACUGACAAGGCUCGUGGCAUUGACGAGAGCUACAAGAUUUCCGACAAGGCGGCCAGCAGCUGGCGCGGACUGCACUCCUACUUCGAGAAGGCCAUCAACACGCCCUCGGGUCGCAAGCUGCGCGAGUUUUACAGCAAGACCGACAAGCAGGUGCGCGAUAUCCACAACGAGGCACGGCGUCUGGCCGAUCUGAAGAGCGGGAAGACCCCGGCCGGUGAGGCUAGCACUGAGGCCCCCGCCACUAGUGGCCCCGCCGCCGCCGCCGAGGGCGCUGAUGUUGCACCUUCGAAUGUGCCUGUCUCCCACCCUGCGGGUACUGCGCCUGCGGCUGAGUCAAAGGAGUAA